AUGAUCGGCCCGUCUCGGUCACCAGCAUUCUACUUGAGUGACCUUAGCCCGCCAAACGUUAGCGCUCUAUAUUCUCAAUUGCCUGUCUCUAUCACAUAUUGUUCGCAUCUAUCUAUCUAUCUAUCUAUCUAUCUAUCUAUCUAUCUAUCUAUCUAUCUAUCUAUCUAUCUAUCUAUCUAUCUCAUUUAUUCAUGUCUGUCUAUCUCAAUCUAUCUAUCUAUCUAUCUAUCUAUCUAUCUAUCUAUCUAUCUAUCUAAAUGUAUGUAUAUGUUUCUAUUCUAUUCUGCUCUUAUCUAUCUAUCUAUCUAUCUAUCUAUCUAUCUAUCUAUCUAUCUAUCUAUUGAAAUGUAUGCAUGUAUGUAUGUAUCUAUCUAUCUUUCUCAGUCUGUUCUUAUCUAUAUAUUCAUGUCAGUCUGUUCCUAUCUAUCUAUCUAUCUAUCUAUCUAUCUAUCUAUCUAUCUUAGUGUAUCCAUGCCUUUCUAUCUAGUUAUCUAUCUCAGUUUAUUUAUGUCUAUCUCAAUGUAUUUAUGCGUAUCUAUCUAUCUAUCUAUCUAUCUAUCUAUCUAUCUAUCUAUCUAUGUCAGUGUAUUCUUAUCUAUUUCAUUCGUUUCACAUAUUUUUAUCCUAGACAAUCAAUGUCAUAAAUAA